CUGCUACGGAGCAGCUCAGAUUGUGUAUUGUCGGUUGGGAUAGCAGUGGCACUGAGAAAACGUUCCAUCCACCACGCAACAUCUAACAAAGUGGCGUCGGCUGUUCCUUUACACCCCCAACGAUCAGAAUGCCUACGCUACGAGAGAAAAUCGCUGGAUUACUUAGACAGUUACCAUCACACACGGAUAAUACCAAACCUGAAAAUCAUCAACCCCAUAUCGGUUCUACACCUAAAGAAUCAUUCAUUCAAAAGUAUCUGAAUGGACAAUUGACUCGAAAUCAACCGGAAAUAAUAUUUGGCAAGUGCUGCUAUGACCUGCCGAUGAAAAAAGUUGCUAAACUAUCAAAGGUUGUUCUUGCUGCUCAUACUGGUCCAAAUGGAGGGCUAACGCAAGUAAACCGGAAACAGAAACCUUUCGAGUACCUAGAUUUGGAUGUCGAUUUUAUAGACGAAGAUUAUGAUGAAUCAAGUUCUGAGAACAUUAAUAAACUCAACAUUAAUGAUACAAAUCCUGUGGACAACAAAGAGAAAACAAUUGAACAGAUUUCUGAUAAAGAUAACCAGCUCUUAUCUAAUCAGGAUUCUCAAGAUGAAAUAGCUGGUAUAAAAAACUGGAAUCAGCCAGAUGAAAGAGCCUUUGGUAUUGCAACAACUUUAUAUGAAAAACAUCCUGUAACAAAUGCUAAUGCAGGAGAACCAAUAGCAGAUGCUUUUGCAGUUUGCCUGCGUGAGAAUAGCUCAGUUUUAGUUCUUGCUGACGGUGUGAAUUGGGGCGAAAAAUCUUGCCUUGCUGCUCGAUGUGCUGUUCAUGGAUGUAUGGAUUACUUGAACAAUGCGUUGUACAGAGAAGGGGGAAGGAUAGAGACCACUAUGGACAUAUUCGUCUGUCUUCUCCGUUCAUUUCACGCUGCUCAUAAUUUAAUCCUGCAAGAGGAAGGAAAUCUCACGACUCUUUGUGCUGCUGUUGUGUGUCAGAUGCGGAAUUCUGACAAAUUCAUUAUUUGCACAUGUAAUGUUGGUGACAGUUUGGCAUACAUUUACAGCCAGAAGCAUGGAGUACGAGAAAUAACACAAGGAUCUCAUGACAUACAUUCUAUGAGAGAUAUGCGUGAUGCUUUAGGAGCACUUGGACCAGUUGAUGGAGUUAAUCCUGAAUUAAACAAUCUUACUGUUUCCAUGACCAUUGCAGAACAAGGGGAUUAUGUCUUCCUCUGCAGUGAUGGAAUCUCUGAUAAUUUUGAUCCUGUUGUUGGGAAAUUUGCCAUUCCAAAAAGACCCGAGAAACCCCACCGCAAAUCCUCUGAAGCUGGCAAGUCAGAAUCGUCCAAGCAAUCCAGCUCUAGCAUCAAGAGACAAAAUAGUAACAGCCAAGAUGUUACUUCAAAAAGACAAAGUAGGUUUAAGCGACAGAGCAGUAACAAUAACAAUGAAGAGUCUAAAAAAUCAUUGGAGGUAUCAUCCACUGAUCCACCACUUCCCAUUGUUGAAGCUCAUCAGCGACACCAGCUGACACUUCUGAGGAUGGAAGAUCUUCUCAACAAUGGUCAGAAUGACAAUGAGAAAGGUUUCACCUCUUCCCAGAAACUGUGUGAAAUCCUCAUUGAUUUUGCAAUGAAACUGACUGCUGCGAAACGGAAGAUCCUUGAAGAUCCUGAUUUGUACAAUGCGGAUGAACCCGAUACAACAGCAGACCAGAGAUCUCGCCGUCGCAAAGUUGGGGACAAGCUCUGUGUUGUUCCUGGGAAACUUGACCAUGCUUCUGUUGUUGCCUGUCGCAUUGGAAAUUACAAGCCUCAUUCUCCUGUCCAUAGGUCAAGGGAUUCAAGCAAAAAUCAUUCAAAAUCUCCUGUUGCUUCGAGCAACAAGACCAAUAAGUCAUCUGGGCAUCAUCAUCAUCAUGGACAUCAUCACCACCAUCAUCAUAGUCACCAAUCAAAUGCAGUUAAUAAUAACAAUAAUAAUAUUUCGAAGGUUUCAAGAGGUAUGAAAACAGAUGAAAAUUUUUGCCGAUUCGAGUCCAAUAUAUGAAGUAUUUAAAAUUUAUUUUAGUGUUUUAUUAUUUUUUUCACUGCCAACUUAUUUUCUUUCCAUAUGCAGUGAUCUCAAAUUAUGGUAUGGACAGUAUACAUCCAUAUGUGAUCUAAAGUUUUUUUUGUGUUAUUUGUGGAUAUUCCGAAUGGACUUAUAUAGUUUUUAAAUAUUUCACCUAUUUUUGGGUUUUUUCUUUUAAAUUUAUCAUUUAAACUUCAGUGUAUUACAUUUGCAUACAUAAGAACAAUAACUAUACUAGGUACUAAAUUUACCAUUUCGUAUUGUACUAGUAAUGUUUCUUUUCUUUUACAUGAUUGAAAAGUCAUCAUAGUCGGAGACAUGUUCAUUAUCAUUAUUUUUUAGACUUAGAUGAGUAAGAUUUAAAUAGAACACAGUAUUAUUUUUUGAACACAUCAACCAUAUCAGUUGAAGGAUUUGGCAUGGAACAUUUGAAACAAAAGCUGAUUUUAGAAUUGUGUGCUGUAAAUUGGCUCAACUAAUUUAUUUGAAUAUUCAGCUUGAUUUUUAAAUGAAUGAUAACAGUAUUUUAAGAGACAUAUUUAUUGUACUUAAAUAUAAUAAUUGGAAUUGGAACAUGACAUACAUUUCUUGUAUUUCUUACACUAAAAUGCUUUUAGAAUAUUAGUGGUUAUGUUCACGCCAAAUUAUUUCAUUAGUUGAUAGUUCAUAUAGUUAAAAAUAACUGAUAAAAACUUAAAAAUUCUCUUAGUUUUGACAAUAUAGUAGUUCUGCAUUGAUUGAAUCCAAUUAUUUUUUUCUUCCCUUUUCAACUUAAUGCUCUUUAUUUAAUUAGAAUGACUACAAAUUUUCAUGUACAUAUAAACAAUUAUAAUGAUAUAAAAAAAUAAACCAGUAUUGUUAAACAGGGUUAAAAAAAUCAUGGAUUUUUUUAGAAAAUUCCCAAAAAUAUAUUUAUAAGCUUCACAGUUUUUUGAAAACUAAAUAGUCCAGGACAUUUAGGAAAAUUUCACUUCAUUCUGCAUAUAAAGAAGCAUUUAAAUUGAUUAGAAAAUUUGUUUAUAUCUCUCUAUAUAAUUGCAUUAUUAAAGUUUUAUAAAAUUAUGCAUUUUCCAGUCGUCAGAUUUUAACUCUGAAAUUAAACUUGCUUUAUACCAUUAUUUUAUUGUAAAAAGCUGUAUUUAUUAUAAUGAUUUUGUCUGUAUAAAAAUCAAAAUACUUUUCUUUUUCUUUUGAUGUUUGGGGAGCAAAAUAUUAUGCAUUGUGUUGUAUUUUGAGUUUCUAUGAGCUUCAUGUAACUGAUCAUCUUUAAUAAAAUUAAAAUGUAAACGAUUAUAAUGAACGUUACUAAAACUUAAAUACAUAUCCGCCUCAUAGCUUAUUGGUUACUAUGUGAUGGAUAUGUAUUUAAGUCAGGUGUAUAUCCAACACAUAGCUACCAAUAAGCUGUAUGCAGAAGCAUACUGUGACCUUUUUUGGUAAUAGUCUUGUAAAUGAAAAAUGCUAUAUUAUACAUGGAAUAAAUUUUUAAAAAUUGUUCUUUGUAUGGUAUAGCAAUAUUUGCAUAUAAAAUUCAAAUCUGUUGAGACAUAUAAAUCUUGAGUAUUUGUAAAUAAGAAUUUUGUUUGCACUGCUAUAUUUUGAAAAUUCACUUUUGUACUCUUUUCAAUGGAUCAACAGCAUUUAAUUUCAAUAGCAAUUUUUUUUAUUGGGAUAAUCUAUUAUUGUGAUUUUUUUAUAUUGUUAAAAUAUAUGUAAAAAAAGUUUAUUGAUUACUUUGCUAUAAUUCAGCAUAAGUGUUUUUCUUGUGAUGUCCACAUAAAGUUCAAAGUUUUGUUGAAAUUUUUUCUGCAGUGAUUUUUUUUUUAUAAUUCUUGCUUUUUAAAUGAUUAAUUUAUUUUUAAUCAUUUAAUAAACGACUUGUUAUGGUGCUAUUUUGUCAUCCAGUUAACUGUUCUAUUUUCUAUAUUAUCAAAUUAAAUCUUUAAAUGACUUUAUUUUGCCGACACGAAAAUGGUAUUGUAUGAAAUUAAAAUACUUUUAUAUUUCAUUUAAUAUUAAUGAAAUUUUUAACAUUAGUGUAAGUUUCAAAAACCUAUAUUAAUUUGGAAAAAUGUUAAAAUUUUUAUGUGGACAUCUUUGGUUCAGCCUUAUUGAUUUGUAUAAUGGCCUUAUUUUAAUGUAAAACAUAAAUUUAGCAAAUUAUUUUUGUACUCUAAGUAUAAUGUGGUGCUGUAAAUGUUAACUAAUCUGAUCGCUCAAAUCAAUGAUCUUCCAAGCCAAAUUGAUCAAAUGUUUUUAUUUGAAGUUUUCAGUGCAUUAAUUGAUUUUUCUCUAAAGAUCCAUUUAAAAAUGUUAAUUUUUGUUGCAAUUAUCUCAUUGGGAUUGAUAAGUGUAAACUAUAUUCCAUAGAAUUAAACAAAUGUAGUUUUACCAAAUGGUCUGAAACUUGACAAAUAUUCACCUUAUUGUAGAAGCUUUCAUAUGUAGUUUUAAAUAGAUGAAAAAAAUUUUUAAGAAAUUAUAACUAUUCUCUUUUUAAUCUCUCUAUAACAAACUUUAAAUAUAUACGUGGAGCUUUAGAUUUAUGUACAUUGUUAGUCACUCUUAUCUCUCGUGAUAUUAUUCCAUUGUCAAAUGCUCUGUAAGACAGAUAGGACCAUUGUAAUUGAAUAUUAUCAAUUGUAUGCAGUUGUCAGAGCAUUAAUAAACAUCUAGAAAUGUGUGAA